AUGAAGCAACCAAAGCGAAAUGCCGACGACUGUCCUGCGACGCUGGAGCCGACGAGACGCGUCAGUGUCCUUGGUCGCAUGGAGGAAUCUCCAAUUGUAACUGUUGUGGCUUUAAUCGACUCGUUGGAUGAAGCCGAAGUAUUUCUUCUGAAAUUCCCCCAAUUCACGCUUGCAGUGCUACAUGGGCGCAUCGUCUUCACCGAGCGCCGUGUUUCUGGGUCUAGGGUGCUGACUGUCGAUUUUGUGGCUGCCGACGACGAUGCACCGAUUGAUGACCUGCAACUACGAACAUGCAAGGCAUCUGGCGACACGAGGCGUCACAACAUUCUGUACCUUUAA